AUGUCAAGAUCGAAAACAGUAGCUAUUAUUGGUGCUGGUGCUUGUGGCUUAGUAUGUGCUAAAGUAUUAUUGGAUGAUGGUUUCAAUGUAAGUCUUUUCGAUCGACAAGAAGAAUUAGGUGGUAUCUGGUCUUCAAAAUUAGCAUAUGUAGAUUUACAUAGUCAACAACCAGGAGGAACAUUGGAAUUUUCUGAUCUAUAUGAUGGAGUAGAAUUUGCUUCUUGGCAACAUAUACAUGAAUAUUUACAAAAAUAUGCUGAUCUAUUUCAUAUUACUGAACGAAUUCAAUUUCAGACUCGAGUUAUAUCAGUUUUUAAAGAUGAUUUAAAAAAUGAUAAUAUUCCUUGGAUUAUUCAAACUGAAACAAUUCAUGGCAAAAAAGAAACACAUGAAUUUGAUUUUGUUAUUGUAGCUAGUGGUCUUUAUUCAGAACCAUAUAUACCAAUUUAUCGUGGUCAAAGUCAUUUUGCUGGUUCAAUUGUAUCUCCAUUUGAUAUUAAAUCACAUAAACAAUUAGUAAAUAAACGUAUAAUAAUAGUUGGUGGUGGUAAAUGUGCAACAGAUAUGGCAACUUUAGCUGGUCGUUACGCUCGUUCAUGUUAUUUAGUUUUUCGAAAAGCUCAUUGGAUGAUUCCACGAAGAAUUAUGAAUGGUCUAUUGCCAGUACGAAUUUUAUGUACUCGUGCAUUAUCUAUUCCAUUUAUUCCAAUUCCUGGUGCACCAUAUGGUAGUUUAUUUCGUUUUCUUCAUAAACAAUUUCCAAAAAUAUUUACAACAAUGAUCGAUAUUCUAUCAAAUGAUAUGAUGUCUAUUCAUGGACCUAAUCUGUUCAAUGAUAAAAUAUUUAUUCCUCAAUAUUCGUUUCAAAAUAUAGAAAAUAUUUCAAUUAUACCAAAUGAUUUUAUUCGACUUAAACAUGAAGGUUAUAUUAUCGGAAAAUUCGGAACAAUUGAUGAAAUUAUUGAUGAAACAACAAUACGAUUAAAUUCAGGAGAAAAAUUACAAGCUGAUAUGAUUAUAUCAGCAACAGGAUAUAUUCGACGUUUUCAUUUUUUUUCUGAAGAACAUACUCAAAUGAUGGGCUUAAAAACGCUCAAUGAAGAUAUUACAUUUAAUCUUUAUCGUCGAGUUAUACCUAUUGGCAUACCUAAUAUAGCAUUUAUUGGUUUUACAGGAUCUUUAGGUCUUUGGAUGAUUGCUGAAGUAGCAAGUCAUUGGAUAUCAAAUUAUUUUCUCAAACGACUUAAAUUACCAGAUUCAGAAGAAAAAAUGUACGAAGAAAUUGAAACACAUCAUACAUUUGUUAAAAAGAUAUUUAAUCGAAGCGAAUAUGACUAUAGAUAUUAUUGGUCAGCACCAUUAGAAAUUUAUUUGAAUGAUAUGGGCUUAACAUUACAUAGAACAAGUAAUUGGAUAUCAGAAUAUUUUGGUAUAUAUCGUCCUGAACGUCUUAAAGAUUUACAUGAUGAACGAAAAAUAAUUGCCGAAACAGGACAUAAACCUCGACAUUUUUAUUUUAGUUUUAAACUUAAUGUUAUUCUUAUUGUAAUUCUAAUAUUUAUUUAUUUAAUUUGUUUUUAA